AUGGAUAGACUACAGAGAUUGAUGAUGAGCCAGAGGUCUAAUAUGAUCGGGGCGGCAGCUACAGAGAUGCCUUUAGAUGAUACGAAAGAAACGGUGUAUAUCUCGUCCUUAGCACUACUUAAAAUGUUAAAGCACAGCAGAGCAGGCGUGCCAAUGGAGGUUAUGGGUUUGAUGUUGGGAGAUUUUGUUGAUGAGUACACUGUGAAUGUUGUUGAUGUAUUUGCUAUGCCUCAGUCAGGUACGGGCGUCUCGGUUGAAGCUGUUGACGAUGUUUUUCAGGCUAAAAUGAUGGAUAUGUUGAAGCAAACAGGUAGAGAUCAGAUGGUUGUGGGAUGGUACCAUUCGCAUCCUGGUUUUGGAUGUUGGUUGUCUUCAGUUGAUGUUGAUACGCAGCGAUCAUUUGAACAAUUAAAUAGUAGGGCGGUUGCGGUGGUGGUGGACCCAAUCCAGUCUGUUAAGGGCAAAGUUGUCAUUGAUGCGUUUAGAUUGAUUAGUCCGGCUACAGUUGUAAGAAAUCAGGAACCAAGACAGACAACGUCCAAUGUAGGAUUAUUGAAUAAGCCAAGUAUCCAAUCUUUAAUUCACGGGUUGAAUAGACAUUAUUAUUCCUUAAACAUUGACUACCACAAGACGUCAUCGGAAACCAACAUGCUGAUGAACCUACAUAAGGAGCAAUGGCAGUCUGGCUUAAAGAUGCAUGAUUAUAAGUUAAAGGAGAAAAACAACCUGGAGGCUACUAAGAGAAUGGUUAAGAUUGCGGAACAGUACACCAAACGAAUUGAGGAAGAAAAGGAACUGCCUGAGGAGGAACUGAAAACUCGUUACGUCGGUAAACAAGAUCCUAAGAAGCAUCUCUCAGAAACAGCAGAUCGUGUGUUAGAAGAGAAUAUUGUUUCUGUAUUGACUGCCGGUGUUAACUCUAUAGCCAUUAAGUAA